AUGGCGGGCUCGGAUCCCACUCGUUCUCCGCCAAGUGCCAGAUACCCACGGCAGCCGUACACGCAACAGCUACCCAGGACGCCCACGACACCGAGGACGCCCAAGACACCGAGGACGCCUGGAGCGCCUAGGGCCCCGAGAGCGCCGCCGAGGUACGACCGCACGCCCAUCCGCAGGACCGUUGGGGGGCGGGCAAAAGAUCAGCAGUCGCAGAGCGCCGGCGCCGCAGCGCCGCUCCGCACGCCCUCGAAACGGCCGCCUCCCAUAUCGCCCCGGGCACCCCCCCGCUUGCCCGCCUCCCUAUCCCUCUCAUCCUCGUCCCCAUCGUCCCCCCUCACGCCUUCGCGAUACGCUGCGCGCCAGCUGGAGCGACUGCCGCCGACGCCGACGCCGCCGUCGCCGCUGCACCCGCACUGGCGGCGGGAACCCGGCCUCGGUAUCACCGGCUUCGGCACCAGAUACAACCCUAAUCCUGGCGACGGCGGUAGUGGGAGAAGCAGCUGGCGCGAGGCUGCGGAUGCGCUUCAGAACGACGUUGCUCAACAGGCCGGGUCCGGAGAGGAGGAGACGGACGAGCGCGUAGAGCGCCUGCUGGCCUCGUUGAGGGCGGCGAGGGAGGGCGGACGUCGAUGA